AUGGAAUGUUCGAAAGAACUCAAUCUGGUCAAAUUUUCGGAUAAUGGCCAAACCACCACGCGGGAUCCGCGUUUUGAAGUCACCUGGGAAACGACAGAUCAACAAAAUCCCCGGGCAUGGUCGGUCUGGUACAGGAGUUUCAUUGUUGCCUCUAUGUCCUUUUCAACAACUGUAGUAGUCAUCUAUACGACGAUGUACACAUCGGGGGUUGAGGGCAUGCAAGACGCCUUCAACGUUUCGUCCAAAAUUGUUGUGCUUUUGGGGUUGACCACAAAUCUCUUUGGCCUGGCGAUCGGCUCCGUUGUUCUUUCAUCGCUCUCGGAGAUCUAUGGUCGGAGACCUGUGUACUUGAUAUCUGUUUUUUUAUUCGGUCUCCUGAUUUUGCCUGUGGCUCUUGCGAGAAGUAUCGAAGCUGUGCUGAUCAGCAGAUUUUUUGGUGGGUUUUUCGGGGGUGUCAUGAUCGCGAGCGCACCUGGAAGUGUGACUGAUGUGACUGAGGAUCAAUAUCGUGCCCUCGCUUUAAGUUGCUGGAGCCUAGGGACAAUGAACGGCCCUGUCCUAGGUCCAAUAAUUGGCGGUUUUGUCUUUCAAUAUCUUGGAUGGCGCUGGAUAAACUGGCUUGUCCUAAUUUGCACGGGUGUAUCGUUAGCCUUGAUUUUUUGUGUCAAGGAGACAUAUGCACCUGCUCUUCUGCGAAACAAAGCCAAACAGCUUCGAUUGGACUCGGGUGACCAACGCUGGUGGUGUCAUCAUGAUCACCAAGAAACAGGGCUCCGGAUGCUCAAGUCUAACCUGAUCAGACCUGUUCGUAUGAUUGUUUCGGAGCCGAUCUGCGUCUUCUGGAACCUUUAUGUUGGAGUCGUCUAUGCUGUCCUCUUUCUUUGCUUUGUGGCAUAUCCUAUAGUAUUCGAAGAUAUGCGUGGCUGGAAACCUGGGGUUGCAGGACUUAGCUACUGUGGCAUCGGAGCCGGCACAGCGAUUUCAGUUAUGCUGGAGCCACUGAUACGCAAAGUCAUCGCGAUGCAUCCCAAUGACCCCAAUACUGGCAAGCCAACACCAGAGGCUGCUGUAUUCGCAGUCUGCGUCGGUAGUGUACUAAUCCCGGCUGGGGAACUUUGGUUUGCGUGGACAGCAAAGCCAUCCGUCCAUUGGAUUUGCCCGAUCCUUGCCGGAUUGCCUUUCGGUCUUGGGAACGGGUUGACUUUUAUAUACGCAACCAACUAUAUUGCUGGAAGCUAUACUGUCUAUGCUGCUUCGGCACUAUCUGGGAAUUCCAUUAUUCGUUAUGGACUGGCUGGUGUGCUGCCUCUUGCUGGGUCAAAAAUUUAUUCCACGCUGGGGCCCAACUGGGCUGGAACAAUGUUGGCUCUAAUUGAGUGUUCUCUAGUCCCAAUCCCCUUUUUCUUCUACAAGUAUGGUUAUAAAAUCAGACUGAGAAGCCCCAUGAUUGGCCAAAGAGACAAAAACGCUCAUUAA